AUGAGAUUUUUAGAUAAUAAGGUCGAUUCUCCUUCCAUCAGAAAUGUAAUGAAACUUUCAAGAGAUGAUUUAAGGGCCAACCUCUUUCCAGACUUUGUCACACCGACCUUCAGCCAAGAGGAAGAAAUGAUGAUUGAUGAGUGGAUCAAGAGGACAGUGAGGUAUUUCUUUCAUCACCACAAUAAUUCGAAAAACAAGGAUGAUGUACUCUAUGUUUUUGUUGAUGGCAUGUGUUUAAACAGUAAUGAAUCUGUUAAAUCUUUUGAAACACUCUGUAAAGGUAUUGGAGUUGAUGAAAAAGGGGAGGACGAAACUGUUAAAGAAAUUGUUCAACUCACAACAACGAUGGAUUUACCUGGCAUUCAAUCAUCCAACAAUACGGGAGCUCAAGUACCAGAUGAUCAUGUAUCAUGUGAAAAAUUGACUAGAGUAAUCAAUGAACAACUAAUCAAUGUUGAGUCAAAGAUCAAAAAAUUGGCUUCUUUUUAUUGUGUUGAAGUAGAAAGAGAUGAAUCAGAUUGUAAGGAAGCAAUCGAGGAGAUGAAAGAUAGUCAUCCAGCAAAACAGAGCAGAAAUUAUGAUAAAACAAAACAAGAAUUUACCAGAUUGGAUGAGAAAUACACCAAGACCAUCAAUUACAAAUUUGUUUACAAUAGAGAGGACAAACUUGAAGAAAUUGUUAAUGAUUUGACAGAAUGGAUUAGACAAAAUGAUUAG